UAGAAAAUAAAGAAGAGAAGAAAAAAAAUCUGAGAGAAACAGAAGAAUUACACACACACAAAAAAAAAAAAAAUGAGGCCAUUGAGCAUCAAACAAGCAUCGGUAGAUGUUGUAGCGAGACAUGCCACGUCAAUAAAGACACUCGAGAAUCACGGACCGCCUCUGUCGCCGUGGCACUCCCCGGUGCCGUACCUUUUCGGUGGUCUUGCGGCUAUGUUAGGACUCAUAGCUUUCGCUUUACUUAUCCUCGCUUGCUCUUACUGGCGCUUGUCCACCUCCGGUGAUGACUCCGGCGAAGGAAACGGUGGAAGAGUCGACGAAGGGAAAGAGAGUCAGUCUGGAGUGAAGGCGGAGAGCGUGGCGUACGAGGAGAAGAUUCUUGUCUUUUUUUUUUUUUUGGAUUUUACAUUUUUGCUAUUAGGUCUUUCUUUUGUUGUUGGGGGAUUUUCUUGGGAAAUUUUCCGAGGAAUGUAAAUUUUACUGAGAGAAAAUUUUGAGUUAUGAUGAUUAAUGAAUGUUUUUGUUCGUA